AUGUCCAGUUCCCCGCGCAAGACCCAGGCACCGACCCUGCAAAGCCGCACCAGUACGAAUAAGACCAACACAGCUAUAUCCAGCCGUGCACAAGCAAACAUGUUUGGCGCACCAAUAAAUGGCAGCAACAGGAUCCUCUGGCGGCUCGCCAAAGUGAAGCGAAAUUUGCAGGCGCUGGAAAGGAGCCAAACUUUGCCAUAUGCUCGAAGGGCCUAUAAAUUCAUGAAGCCCUUCGCGCAGUGCCGCCUGUUCGUUGUCUGUCAAAGGGACAUCCUCAAGCCAUUCGACCUGGGGCGGGAUGUGAAAGCGACGAGUGCCCAAGCACUCAACAUGCAGGCAGCCAUCAGCCGUCGGCUCGUGCCUCAAGAUGCGCAAGGUGGUGCCGUAAUCAGCAUAACCAUCCAUUGUGGCGCCGCACAUGCCAAAUUCGCGCCGGUCAAGCCGGGCGCCGUCUAUCAUCAUCAAGAAGGCAGAAAGGCAAGCAACCACCAAACCGUUGGCUAUGGGUGA